UUAACGGCCUAUAAAUACAGCCCUAACGCCAUAUUAUACAUAAACAAAAAAAUAAGUAAAGAAAACAAAUCUCAGAGAAAAAAAUACAAAUCAUUCUUCUCGACGAUUAAAUAGCUUCUCCAUGGCCACCUCCGUCGACAACCGCCACUAUCCCAGCCUCACCUCCGCCAUGAACGCCGGUAUCUCCUUCAAACCUCCUCCCGUUCCUUCUCGCUCAUUCGACAGCCACCGUCACCAAAACGUUCAAACCGUCGUCAGAGAAAACGAGAACACCGACGGUUACGACUCAAGCGACGACGAGGACGAGAGCCACAACCGUAACGUCUCAUACUACAUGACAAUGGUUCACAAAUCCAACAGCGAUUUAGAGCCGUCGAUUCUAGACUCCCGAGACGAAUCCACGGCUGAUAACUGGAUCCACCGUAACUCCUCUAUGGUGCGUCUCACCGGAAAACACCCCUUUAACGCUGAAGCUCCUCUCCCUCGCCUUAUGCACCACGGCUUCAUCACUCCCGUUCCUCUCCACUACGUCCGUAACCACGGACCUGUCCCAAAAGCCGACUGGUCCGAAUGGACCAUCGAAGUCACCGGACUUGUCAAACGUCCGGUGAUACUCACCAUGGAACAGCUAAUCUCUGAGUUUCCUAGCCGUGAGUACCCGGUCACUCUAGUCUGCGCCGGAAACCGCCGCAAAGAACAGAACAUGGUGAAGCAGACGAUAGGAUUCAACUGGGGCUCCGCCGGAGUCUCCACCUCUCUUUGGAAAGGUGUUCCUCUCAGCGAGAUCCUCCGCCGAUGCGGUGUCUACAGCAGGAGAGGCGGAGCUCUCAACGUCUGCUUCGAAGGAGCAGAGGAUCUUCCCGGAGGCGGCGGGUCUAAAUACGGAACAAGCAUCAAGAAAGAGAUGGCCAUGGAUCCUGCGAGAGACAUCAUAUUAGCGUACAUGCAGAACGGUGAGCUUCUCACGCCGGAUCACGGGUUCCCGGUUCGGAUCAUAGUACCCGGUUUCAUUGGCGGGAGGAUGGUGAAGUGGUUGAAACGUAUCAUCGUCACGCCUCAAGAAUCCGACAGUUACUAUCACUAGAAAUUUUUUCCGGGCUACGCCCGGAUUUUUCCUCUAUAUUUUAGUUUUAUUUAGUUUAUAAUAGAGUUUGUAUUUGACUACAUAUUUUAUACUUAGACUGAAUAUCCUGUAUGAAUUAUCAAAUAAAUUUGCAAUUUUCGUAUUGUA